CUUGUGUUACCCUGGUAACCAAACAAUUUCAAAACAAGUCCUACGUUAAUUUAUAUUGUUGAACAUAAAUUAAUAAUUAAUGAUAAUGAACAUUGUUAGAAUUGUUUAAUAAAGAAAUAUAUUCUAUAGAUUUAUAUAUAAUGAGGGCACAUCCAGCAUGGGUUGAUAAAGUUCAAGAUAAAUUAGAACAAUGUAUAUAUGAUUUAUGUUUUAAUCCUGAUGGCACACAAUUAGUUGUUGCCGCAGGACAUCAAGUUUUAGUUUAUGAAACUACUGGUGGUGCUUUGGUACAACCGCUAAAAGGUAACAGCAUUUAUAUUGCUGGUCACAAAGAUACAGUCUACUGUGUAUGUUACGCUAAAGAUGGUAGAAGAUUUGCAUCGGGUAGUGCAGAUAAAAGUGUCAUUAUAUGGACUUCCAAAUUAGAAGGAAUAUUGAAGUACUCGCAUAAUGAAGCUGUUCAAGCGAUGCAAUUUAAUCCUGUAUCACAUCAGUUACUCAGUUGUUCCCUUUCUGAUAUUGCGUUUUGGUCAGCCGAACAAAAAGCAGUACAAAAACAUAAAUCUGGAGGAAGAGUUAAUUGUUGUGCGUGGACUUUGGAUGGCCAGUAUUUAGCUAUUGGUCUAGCAGCUGGAUACGUUUCUAUCAGAAACAAGAAUGGCGAGGAAAAGAUACGCAUUGAAAGGCAAACAGGUGUACCCAUCUGGAGUUUAGCAUGGAAUCCUUUGCGAGAUGAUGCUGCAGACAUCUUAUGUGUUGCAGAAUGGAAUGGAAUUAUUUCAUUUUACACGAUCAAUGGAAAACCUAUUGGAAGAGAACGAACAGUAUACUUUACUCCCUUAAAAAUUACCUACUUUCCUGAUGGUCAAUAUAUUCUUGUUUCUGGUAGUAACAAACAAUGUCUUUUGAUGACUCAUGAUGGUAUACAACUCGCUGUUGUCGGUAAUACAUUUUCUUCAUGGGUUUGGAGUUGUGCUGUCCAUCCAUCUUCUUCACAUGUUGCACUCGGUUGUCAAGAUGGAACAAUAACUUAUUUACAAUUAUCGUGGAAUGUUGUACACGGAUUGUACAAAGAUAGAUAUGCUUAUAGAGAAAAUAUGACUGAUGUCAUAAUUCAACAUUUAGUAACCAAUCAAAAAGUCCGUAUCAAGUGUAAAGACUUGGUAUGUCGUAUUGCUGUAUAUAGAAACAGACUUGCCGUUCAAUUACCAGAACGAGUAAUAAUUUAUGAACCGUCUGGAAACAGCGAAGGAAUGCAUUAUCGUAUACGCGAAAAACUUAAUCAAACAAUUAAUUGUAAUUUAUUAGUUAUUACAACAAAUCAUUUGGUAUUAUGCUUAGAAAAACGAUUACAAUGUUUAUCUUUCACUGGUAUUGUUGAAAGGGAAUGGAUUCUCGAUGAUCUUAUAACUUAUAUUAAAGUAGUAGGAGGUCCUGCUGGACAGGAAUGCUUAAUUAUAGGUUUAAAAACAGGACACGUAAUUAAGAUCUAUCUGGAUAAUCCAUUUCCUGCACAUUUGGCAAAAGUGGAAGGAUCAGUAAGAUGUCUGGAUAUCAGUUCUCUAAAAGAAAAAAUGGCAGUUGUCAGUGAAAACGGAGUUCUUUCCAUAUUCGAUUUAUACACGGAAGAAAAAUUACAAGAUUUUCAAGAUGUUACAAGCGUCGCGUAUAAUACUGCUUCCGAAGAUAUAAUGUGUUUUUCUGGUAGCAAUUAUCUUGCGAUUAAAGUUGCUAAUUUUUCUGAAUAUCGACAGAAAUUCUCAGGAUUCGUUGUUGGUCACAAUGGAUCUAAAUUAUAUUGUUUAAACGGUUCUGCUGUUAUUAUCUUAGAGGUACCUCUUUCAUUGUUCAUGUACCAAUACUUAGACAUUGGAUCAUUUAAAGAAGCUUAUGAAGUAGCGUGUCUUGGUGUUGCCGAAUCAGAUUGGCGAGCAUUAGGAAUUGCUGCUUUAGACAAUCUAGAAUUAAAUAUAGCGUAUUCUGCUUUCGCUCGUAUUAAAAAUCUACGAUAUAUUGAAGUUGUAUCAGAGGUAGAAGAAAAGUUAAAAUCCGGUGAAUGGGGUCAAGAAGCGUGUAUGGCUAUAGCUGCCGCAGCAAUGGGUAGAUUAAAAGACGCAGCUAAAUUAUAUCAAAAAGCAGGCUUACAACAGUAUGCUCGAGAUAUGUAUUCCGAUUUACGUAUGUUUGAUAUUGCUCAAGAGUUUAUAGCAAGUGGUAAUACUCAGGAUCGUACUAUUUUAUUACGUCGACGUGCAGAAUGGGCUAAAAGUUUAGGCGAACCACGUGCAGCUGCGGAAAUGUUCUUUUCCGCUGGUGAUACACAACGUGCUAUUAAUAUUAUUGCCGAGUAUGGUUGGAUUGAUAUGCUCAUAAAAGUUGGUAGACAAUUGGACAAAUCGGAUAGAGAUAAUUUAUCUCUGAUCGCUAAGAUAUUGAAACAGUUAGGAGCUACUCAUGGGGCAGCUGAGAUUUUUAGUAGAUUGGGCGACGAUCCUGACGUAGCUGAUGUACUUGUCGAUGCACAAGCUUGGCCUGAAGCUUUCGAACUUGCGGAAAGAAAUCCAAAAUUAAAGUCACGAGUAUAUGGACCGUAUGCUAGAUGGCUAGCAGAAACUGGUCGUUUUUCGGAAGCACAAGAAGCUUUUCAAAUGGCUGGCCAACCCGAAGAAUCGGUCAGUGUACUAACGAGCUUAGCUGACAAUGCCAUAGCUGAAAAAAGAUACCGUGAUGCCUGUUAUUUUUAUUGGCUUUUAUCUCAGCUUAGUCUUAAUUUGUUAAAAAGUACAGAAGAAAUAAAAUCUAUGUAUUUGUCUUAUUACAACAAAGCUGACAUUUAUUAUGCGUAUCAUGAGAUACAUAAAUAUUUGGAGGAACCAUUCACGUCUUUAAUGCCAGAAGCAUUAUUUAACAUUUCAAGAUAUUUAUUAUUAAAAACACAAGGCAUUCAAUUAGAAGGUGUAUCUAAAUUAAAAAUAAUGUACACUUUAAUCAAGCAAGCUCGUUUGUUAGGUGCCAACAAAUUAGUUAUGCAGUUACUCGAACAACUGCGUACAAUGAAAAUUUCUAAAAACCUUCUUGCAGAAAUUGAAACUUCUACUUUAGCUGCAAGAGCUUAUCCGUAUAGAGAUCCUGAAGAAUUAUUACCAUUAUGUUAUAAGUGUUCAACGUUUAAUCCACUUUUACCGAUAGAUAACAAUAUUGGUAGCAAAUGCAUACAAUGUGGCCUUAAAUUUCAACAUUCGUUCGUUAUGUUUGAAAUUCUACCGUUAGUUGAAUUUGAGUUAGAGGAAGGUAUUACCGAUCAAGAAGCAGAAAAAUUAAUAGAAGAAUCAUUGUCGUUAUCGAGUACAUCAACUACUGAAGAUCAACUAACUGUAUUUCCUAACGAAACAGAUCUUUUUACUGCACGUUUAAUAAAAUACGAGGAGAAAACAGAUGAUUCCACCGUUAUUGUUGGACGAAGCGUAUUAAAAAGUAUGGAUCCUUCAUCGGUUUUAAUAGUUAAAUGGCCAAAACCAUUUAAAACAAAAUAUUUUAGAAAUCUUUUGCCUGAUCUUCAAGUAGUAUUAUGUAAAUCCUGUUUGAAACUAUUUCAUUCGGACGAUUAUGAAUUGGCAUUACUAAGAUAUGGCCAUUGUCCAUUUUGUAGAACUUCGCAUACGUCAAAAACUUAAAAAAUAUGAAAUUAAACAAAAGCAUGAAAUAUUACAAUCGUGCAUUCUUUUGUAUAUGAGAAAAUAUUUUACAAAUUAUGUCAUUUAAUGAUAUGUUAGAUAAACUAUCGAUUUUAUUACUGUUAAGACUUUUUUAAGAUGUAUAUAUAUAUAUAUAUAAAAAAAAAAAAAAAGGUUUUAUAGUAAAACAUAUAAUUGUAUAUACAUAUAUUCACUUUGUUUAAACGGAACAACUUCGAAAAUCAAAUCAUAUAAAUUAUAUUAUAUUGUACAGUAUACCCAGUUGGAGUUUUUCGAGAACUUGCUAAUUAUUUCUACAGCCCGAACAAACAGAGACCGUUAUU